GGCGGGGGGAACCCACCACAUUACCAUCUAUAGAGGAGGAACCCCAGUAAGAUAGGUCUGGGGUGGGUGAGGGGGCUGUGUCAAAAAUUACCUGACUCCACCACUGCUCUACCCCCACACAAUGCACCAAAAGAGACCUGCAGUUUUGCACCCCAUAGAUUAUAAAGAAUUACACCAGCGGCGUCGUCGCUGGGGUUGGUUCAAAGCGCUGGGCGUGAGCGCUUGUGUCGGGGCUGCUGUGAACUUGCCGCGUCCAGGCUCAUGCAUAAUUCUUGCUAGGGCUGGGCUUCCCCCUUCGGCGUCUCCUCCCUCCAGCCAACUCUUGGCGAGGUCAUUCCAAUGAGAGCGAAGGAGGCGCUCAGACAAGGUCGCUUUUCCCCCCUCUCUCUUUUCUGGAGAAGACACCAGCUGAGCGCGAGAGGAGAGGAGCGUGGUGCUGAAUUUAAUCUGCCUUCGCCAGCCUCAAGGAUAUCCAGACUCUUAUUAUACAGCGUCCGCAGAAAGAGAGAGCAAGGCAGAGACAGACACCCCAAAGGAGAACAAGAUCGAUGCCACCGCUGAGGAGAGUCGUGUGAUCAGGAAGCGUCUGGAGAGCGCGCGUCGGGGAGGUUCGGGGAAGGAGGAAUCAGCACCUCGGACAGCUCCCCGCUGAAGCUUCCUUCAGGCUGUGCGUGGCGGCAGCGGCGCUUUAUCCGCUCCGGGCUUCCUCGACACCCAGCACCGAGCAGCGCGAGAAAUCCACCUCCCCGAUCCAUCAACUGGAGGCGCACCCAGAUUUAGGAUCUCCGGCCCGGUUUGGAGAGAGAAGCACGCCCAGACUCGAGGCCAGCGGGCCUUCACCGCUGUGGCUAUAUGCCUGCCCGCUGCUGCUGAAGAAGAGGACAAAAGUUUGCCGCGGAGGGGAGAGCCCUUCUCCUCCCUCUUCCCUUCCCCUUGGAGAAGGCGAAUGCGUCGCUUUCGGAGCUGAUUUGGUAGGAACGAUGACCGAGCGAGGAUGUGCACCAGCAGUCAGAUCAUCGGAGGCCUCCUGGUGCUCUCCGUGCUGGAGAUAGGGCUGGGGGUCUCCAGCGUUGCCGUGGGGGCGGUCAGCUUCAGCCUGGCUCUUUCCGAGCGUGCGCCUCAGCUGGGAGACUCUUCUCCGGUAUGGAGCGGGGUGUGUUUUCUGCUUUGUGGAGCGUGUGGAAUACUGUGUGCCAAAAAAAAAUCAGGACUUGUCAUGAUACUUUUCUCAGCCUGCUGUAUCUGUGGACUAAUUGGAGGAAUAUUAAAUUUUCAGUUCCUUCGGGCUCUGACAAAGAAAUCCUCAGCUCUCUAUCCUCUGCAUGUCACCUCCAUGUCCCUGGCUUGCAUCGGCAUCGGUGGCUGCACUCUGUCCUCGUGGCUGACUUGUCGGCUAGCCAGCUACGAGCAGAGAAGAAUGUUUUCAGAAAGAGAGCACUCGCUGCAUCACUCCCACGAAAUGGGCGAGAAGAGAUUGAGGGGUAUUGAAAUAACCGACCUGCCCAGCUGCCCAGUGGUACCCCCGACACCAGAGUUACCUUCAAGCAGACAGGUAUCUACAUCACCACACCCUCACCUCAACCGACAUUAUCUGGCGCCCUUCCUGGAAAUCCCAGCAGAGACCAAGGAAAUGACAGACAACAUGUGUAAUGGAGGCCCACACCUAAUUUAUAAUGGAAGAGCCUACUGAACAGUUUACAGUUUUCAAGAAGAACAACUACUUUCAGGAUUUUCUUUAAGAGGCAAAGAUGUAGAUGGCAGCGACUUUUGAGAGAGGGCACUGGAAACAUGGCGGCUUUUUAUUUGCAAUAAGUUCACAGCUGAAAACAACAACAGCACAGUGGCAUCUCCUUGCAGAGAUUCGUCUUGAUUUUCUCUCCCGUUAUUUGAAGAUAUUUUACUGCAUAUUUUGACGAUACACAGUAGUGAUAACGUCCUUAAUGUUUUCUUCUUCCUUUGUCUGAAUGAUUUUUGGAUGGCUGUGAUCAUAUUUUAAAAUGAAUUUUUCAGACUCUUACUCGGGCUCGCCUUAUGACGAUUUCCUGAAAUUAAAACUAAAACACAACAACCCACAGACGUGAAAAUGGAGAGCAUUUAAACAAUGGAUUGCACAAUGGCAGGAAUGGAAAUGAGACUUGAAAGGCUCGCCUUUCCUAUGCAGAGCCUAAUGAAUGAAUUAUGAGCAUGCUGCAACAACACGGAUGUCUUUGUUUUGAAAGACAGAAUGCUUUAAGGAUGCCAUAAGUCAAAACCUGAACAAUGCCUUGCUGUAAAGAAACUGUAAAUAUUUCCAAUUUGUGAGGUAUAUUUCAUAAUUUGUUCAUACAAGAUGUCAAAUAAAAAGAAACCUAAAAGUG